AUGGAGGCAAGCAACAUCAGCUUCAUCAUCAGAGCUAACUAUGGUGUGCUCCCAUCUCCAAAAAACCUCAACCAGUGGUAUGGCGAGGACCCAACCUGUGCCCUCUGCCCAACCCCAGGGACUCUCAAACACAUCUUGACCGGUUGUAAGACAAGCCUCACACAAGGCCACUACACCUGGAGGCACAACCAGGUCUUCAAGAAUCUGGCAGCAGCUUUGGAGAGCAAAUGGAAUACCACAAACUCCCUGCCCCUUAGAGCAACAAAUCCCAUCACAGCACCAACAUUCAUCCGAGAGGGACAGAAAAAGCCCAACCAUCCCCCUCCCAAACCAGAUGCUGGGCAGCUAGCCAAGGCCCGGUAUUGGAAGAUGCUAGUCGACAUUGGCCAUCAACUAAUCUUUCCACCUGAGUUUGCAGCCACCACCCUUAGACCAGACAUGGUGUAUAGAUACUCCUACAACGCCUCCUACAUCAUCUACAACCUCCACACCAGGGAGGUGUGGGAAGUGAGCCCUCCAGAGGUCCAGAAUGCAGUGCUUCAGCACGCAGCUUGGGGGAAACAUGGCCAACAGCUGCUGUACGUCUUUGAGAACAACCUGUACUACCAGGCUGACCUGCGGGCCAGCACCUUCAGGGUGACCUCAUCAGGGGCCCACGAGGUCAUCUUCAACGGCCUCGCUGACUGGCUCUACGAGGAGGAGAUCCUUAAGUCCCACCUGGCCUACUGGUGGUCGCCUGACGGAGAGAGGCUGGCCUUCCUCACCAUCAACGACACCCUGGUGCCCAACAUGGCCCUGCCCCAGUUCACCGGCAGCACAUACCCACAGGGACUACACUACCCAUACCCCAUGGCCGGUCAGGUCAACCCCUCCGUGAGGCUGUCUGUGGUCAGCCUGUUUGGGACGAACACACACACGCAGGAGCUGGUACCACCCGAGGGAUUCAGGACGAGGGAUUUGUACGUUUCAAUGGUGAAGUGGAUAAGCAGCACUCACCUGGCGGUUCGCUGGCUGAGGCGUUCCCAGAAUGCAUCAGUGCUCGCGGUCUGCGAUGCAACUACAUGCUCCUGUAUACAGAGACACCAGGAGACGUCAGAGGCCUGGCUCACCAUGCAGGACAGGGUUCCCUGGUUCUCCAGGGACAGGAGCAGGCUGUUCCUCACCCUGCCGGUGAAGCAGGGCGGUCAGGGUGACUUCCAGCAUAUCUCCAUGCUCAUCAAAAAGUCACGAAGCGACCAGAAUGAGGUGCGCCACCUCACCUCUGGCGACUGGGAGGUGACAAGAAUCCUAGCGUAUGACGAAAGCAAUCAAAUCAUAUACUUUCUGAGCACAGAGGAUUCUCCACAACACCGACACAUGUACAGUGUGUCAACUCUGGGCUUGUUUCCAAGGCGAUGCCUGACCUGCGGCCUGGGGCAGGGCUGCACGUUCUUUGACGCUGACGUCAGCCCAGACUCCCAGCAUGCAAUUCUACGAUGCAAAGGUCCUGGAGUUCCUUCGCUUCUGCUGCUGAUCUUCGCUGACGUCCCCUCCUAUUUUAUUCUGGAGGACAACCUGCCACUGCGGUCGGCAUUGGAGAGCAGACAGAGAGUCCAAUCAGAGACCAAGAUGAUCUCACAUGACCACUUUGAGCUGGCUGUGAGGCUGACCUAUCCCUCCGACUUCUCCACCUCCUACCUCUACGGCCUCCUCCUGAUGGUUGAAAGCCCCCCAGGGGGGCAGGGCGUGUCUGAUGAGUUCCGGCUGGGCUUUGAUUGGCUGCUGGCGUCCUCUGAGCAGGUAGUCGUGGCGCGGGUCGAUGGCCGAGGGUCGGGUUUCAGAGGUCAAAGAUUACUGCAUCAGAUCCAUCAGAAGCUGGGAACAGUUGAUGUACAGGACCAGCUGGCUGCACUAGAAUAUCUUGGGAAACUGCCCUACAUCGACCGAAGACGCGUGGGAAUCUACGGCCAGGGCUACGGCGGCUACGUGGCGCUGGAGAUGCUGAAGGCCGCGGGUCCGGACCAGCCCGUCCAUUGUGCUGCCGUCCAGGCUCCGGUCAUUGACUGGUCCAUGUACGCCUCGGCCUUCUCUGAGCGCUACCUGGGCCCCCCGUCCAGAGAGGACCAGGUGUACCAGGCAUCCCAAGUCCUGCCCAACCUGAGGUCCUCGCCCAGUGGGGGGCUUCUGCUGGCCCACGGGACAGCUGACGCCAAUGUUCACUUCCAGCACUCCGCCGAGCUCAUCAAACGGCUGAUCAGGAUCGGGGCCAACUACAGCAUGCAGAUUUAUCCAGAUGAAGGCCACUUCCUGUCGCCAGGCAGCCAGCUGCAACUCACCCAGUGUCUGAUUGGCUACUUUAAAGGAUGCCUGCUUGACUCCUCCCCGUAGCUAAGACUACAGCGAGAGGAAGACUGAGACGAGACGUCAAGUCCUACAGUCUGAACUUGCGUGUGUGUGGGUAUGUGUGUAUGUAUCAUUGCAGAGUUUAUUGUGCUUAUUAGUUACUGUAACUUUUUUCUUGUGUGUCAUAAUGCAAAGUAUUUUUUACCGGUAGCAUAGUGUAAAAUGGACAAAGUAAAUCUAUAGAUAGGUUUCUUUCAGCUCGAAUCAAACUGCACUUGGGAAGCAGCUGCUGAUAUUGGACCAACCUUUGUGAGCCUAACUUAUAAACAGAUUGAGGACUGUGUGGCAUAACCUGGGAACAGAGCGAGUAGUGCGAUAGAGCAUGCGUGUUUGUGUCACACUUUUCCCUCGUACUUGCAACAGUUGUAUUGUUUAUAAGAUUGGGAAACUCACCAGGUUCAUGAAUACUGCAGUCUAUCAAAACCAAUACCACCACAAACUCCUAUUUGAUAAGCCAUUUGUUAUGGUGACUUACAACUGUGCUUUUGCUGACGUUUCUCCAAGCAAUUCCAUUAGUGAAUUUUAAAUGUGUUAUUUUAUGUGUUGACAAUAUAAAUUAAUGCUCCCUGCUUAUUAGGGAGUGGUUUGUGUCAUAAGGGUCUCUGUACACUACGCUACUUACUGUAUGGCAAGAGGUCAUAAUACUGCCUUAAAUGUCUUGUCAACCAUACACUUGUGGUGCUAUCCAUUUGGUACGCCCACCCUAACGAGGCGUAAGGUAUAAAUCUCCCAGGUUUCUUGCGGCAUUUCAUGGAGGCACGCCCCCUUUUGGUCGUAGUAUAAAGCUUCCCACUCGUAGUUCUGAGUAGACAGAGUUCAGUGAAGCUGACCGUACGACUCGAUAACAAAAAUGGCUGUGCCAUUUAUUUUUUAGAGCUGAUUUGCUAAAGAGGCUAAUAUAGCGAACAAUAACUAGCCAAUGCGUAACUGGAACGUUCAAGUGCUGCAAGCCAGGAAAUCACGUUCUCGCUAAAGCAGGUCGGAUGAACUGGCGUACCAUACAAAUAGAUAGCACCAUUACUGGAACACACACUGUUGACAUUUUCCAUCUCCAAUCUGUCAAACUUAAGAUAAAUUGUGAAUUUAUUUCAUUUAAACCACUAGGGUGGGGUCAUGUUUUUCUUGCUUGAAAGAAGCGCUAGGUUUAUUAUGGAUGUUGUAUUUGAGACUUUUGCUAUUAAAUAUUCAUGAGUCUUGAUUCUUUUGAGAAAGUCAUUAUUUUUGUAGUACUUGUCUAGAGAUGCUAGUUUCUUUUAAUACCGAUGCCUGUGGGGAAAAUAAACUAACUUUGUAGUGAAAGGCUUUCAGCAGUUAGGUAGCAUCACCAUCUUGUGGUAAUAAGCGGUAUCUCACCAUUGUGUACAAUUCCGGGAAAUGGAUUCCAGAUGACAUCUGUAUUUGGCUGAUGUGAGCCAUGAUGCCAUUUGUGCUUUCCCCUCCACUCCCUCAGUAACCUACUUGGAAACUUGAAACCAUUUAUGGGCCUUUACUCUGCGAACU